AUGUGGAGUUUCCCAGAGCCCUUCGUUUUGCGACGCAUGCGCAGAAAUAAGAAGGAGUCUGGGGAAGAGAUUGAUUUGAUUUUAGAAAUACACGCAAAACCCUCAGAUCCCCCUCCAGACACGCAAAACCCUCAGACCCCCCUCAAGACACGCAAAACCCUCAGAUCCCCCUCCAGACACGCAAAACCCUCAGAUCCCCCUCCAGACACGCAGAACCCUCAGAUCCCCCUCCAGACACACAGAACCCUCAGAUCCCUCUCAAGACACGCAAAACCCUCAGACCCCCCUUCAGACACGCAAAACCCUCAGACCCCCCUCAAGACACGCAAAACCCUCAGAUUCCCCUCCAGACACGCAAAACCCUCAGAUCCCCCUCCAGACACACAGAACCCUCAGAUCCCUCUCAAGACACGCAAAACCCUCAGACCCCCCUCCAGACACGCAAAACCCUCAGAUCCCCCUCCAGACACACAGAACCCUCAGAUCCCCCUCCAGACACACAGAACCCUCAGAUCCCUCUCAAGACACGCAAAACCCUCAGAUCCCCCUCCAGACACGCAAAACCCUCAGAUCCCCCUCCAGACACGCAAAACCCUCAGAUCCCCCUCCAGACACGCAAAACCCUCAGAUCCCCCUCCAGACACGCAAAACCCUCAGACUCCCCUCAAGACACGAAAAACCCUCAGACCCCCCUCCAGACACGCAGAACCCUCAGACUCCCCUCAAGACACGCAGAACCCUCAGACCCCCCUCCAGACACGCAAAACCCUCAGAUCCCCCUCCAGACACGCAAAACCCUCAGACUCCCCUCCAGACACGCAGAACCCUCAGACCCCCGUCCAGACACGCAGAACCCUCAGACCCCCCUCGAGACACGCAAAACCCUCAGAUCCCCCUCCAGACACGCAAAACCCUCAGACUCCCCUCCAGACACGCAGAACCCUCAGACCCCCUCCAGACACGCAAAACCCUCAGAUCCCCCUCCAGACACGCAAAACCCUCAGACUCCCCUCAAGACACGAAAAACCCUCAGACCCCCCUCCAGACACGCAGAACCCUCAGACUCCCCUCAAGACACGCAGAACCCUCAGACCCCCCUCCAGACACGCAAAACCCUCAGAUCCCCCUCCAGACACGCAAAACCCUCAGACUCCCCUCCAGACACGCAGAACCCUCAGACCCCCCUCCAGACACGCAGAACCCUCAGACCCCCCUCGAGACACGCAAAACCCUCAGAUCCCCCUCCAGACACGCAAAACCCUCAGACUCCCCUCCAGACACGCAGAACCCUCAGACCCCCCUCCAGACACGCAAAACCCUCAGAUCCCCCUCCAGACACGCAAAACCCUCAGACUCCCCUCAAGACACGAAAAACCCUCAGACUCCCCUCCAGACACGCUGAACCCUCAGACCCCCCUCCAGACACGCAGAUCCCUCAGACUCCCCUCCAGACAUGCAGAACCCUCAGAUCCCCAUCAAGACACGCAGAACCCUCAGACUUCCCUCAAGACACGCAGAACCCUCAGACCCCCUCUAGACACGCAGAACCCUCAGACUUCCCUCAAGACACGCAGAACCCUCAGACUUCCCUCAAGACACGCAGAACCCUCAGACUUCCCUCAAGACACGCAGAACCCUCAGACUCCCCUCAAGACACGCAGAACCCUCAGACUUCCCUCCAGACACGCAAAACCCUCAGACUUCCCUCAAGACACGCAGAACCCUCAGACCCCCCUCCAGACACGCAGAACCCUCAGACUCCCCUCAAGACACGCAAAACCCUCAGAUCCCCCUCCAGACACGCGAAACCCUCAGACUCCCCUCAAGACACGCAAAACCCUCAGAUCCCCCUCCAGACACGCGAAACCCUCAGACCCCACUCAAGACACGCAAAACCCUCAGAUCCCCCUCCAGACACGCGAAACCCUCAGACCCCACUCCAGACACGCAAAACCCUCAGACUCCCCUCCAGACACGCAAAACCCUCAGACUCCCCUCAAGACACGCAGAACCCUCAGACUUCCCUCCAGACACGCAAAACCCUCAGACUCCCCUCCAGACACGCAGAACCCUCAGACUCCCCUCAAGACACGCAGAACCCUCAGACUCCCCUCAAGACACGCAAAACCCUCAGACUUCCCUCAAGACACGCAGAACCCUCAGAUCCCCCUCCAGACACGCAGAACCCUCAGACUCCCCUCCAGACACGCAGAACCCUCAGUAAGAGAUAGCAGAAUCGGAAAAGAAUAG